AUGGCAAAAGGAGGAAAGAGCAGAAGUUAAAGCAAAUCAGGAAAAAAGAGUGGAUCAGCUACAAAAAAGAUUAAGAAGUAAGUUCCAGCUGCUUCACCUGCAAAGGUUGAUGUUGCAACCACUGCAGCACCAAAGACUCCAGUAGCAUCUGCAAAGAAGGAUUCUGCUAAAAAAUCUACUCAAAAGAGUACAUAAAAAAGCACUUAGAAAUCAGUAAAGAAAAGUGCAGCCAAGAACUCAACUAAGAAGGGAAGUGCAUAAAAAGGAAAAAGUGGAAAGAAAGCAUAAUGAUUAAUAUAAUAUAUAUAUUAUAAUAUAAUUAUAAAAUGUCUCUUAAA